GCUGGGGAGCCGCGGACACAGCAAAGCCGGGAGGUCCACGCGGCAGCUGCACGCGCCUUGACGGCCACGGCGGGGCGACCACGUGAGCGUGGCGCCGAGCGCCCGCCGGGCCUCGGCUCCUCCCCUGCCCGCCGGCUCCUGCCCCAGCCCCAGCCCCAGUCCCAGCCCCAGCUCGGCUCGUGUCCGGAUCCGCCGCCCGCGCGCCCAGUGCUACAGCUGCCCCAGUCCCGCUGACGGUCGCCUGCGCUCGCGUCCCUGGAACGCGUCCCUCGCGCCUGGGAUCGUCCCAGCCGCCCCUUGCGCCCCUUGCGCCCCGGGAUCGUUCCGGCGGCCCCCGCUGCCUCCUCCGAGCGCCGGCCCGCGCGCCCCGCUCGCCGCUCCCCGGCACUCUCGGGGGGCCCCCGCUCUGCAACCUGGAGCACCGGUCGGCGAGCCUCUGCCAGCUCCUGUGGAUCCUCGCGGCCGUGGGCAGCGGCCGCCCCGCCUGUCCGCCCGAGGCAGGACCCUCGCCGCUGCGCUUGCCCGGUAACUCUGGCUGUGCCGCCCGGCCCUUGGGUAAGACGGGCGCGCCGGGAACAUGGCAGACGAAGACCUCAUCUUCCGCCUGGAAGGCGUGGAUGGCGGCCCCACCUCCCGGGCUGCCCACGACGGUGAUUCGGGCGCAGACAGCGACGACGAGGAAGGUUACUUCAUCUGCCCCAUCACCGAUGACCCCAGGGCACACCACAGUGUCAAUUCCAAGGUUAAUAACUACCACAGCAACCUAAGGAAAAGUGAGCCCUAUGGAUCCAGCGGGUCCCCGGCAGGUUCCUUCCAUUUUAAGGAAGCCUGGAAGCAUGCAAUUGAGAAGGCCAAGCACAUGCCCGACCCUUGGGCCGAGUUCCACUUGGAGGACAUUGCCACGGAAUGUGCCACACGUCACAGGUACAAUGCUGUCACCGGGGAGUGGCUGCAAGAUGAAGUUCUGAUCAAGAUGGCGUCUCAGCCCUUUGGCCGAGGAGCAAUGAGAGAGUGCUUCAGGACGAAGAAGCUCUCCAACUUCCUGCACACCCAGCAGUGGAAGGGGGCCUCCAACUACGUGGCAAAGCGCUACAUCGAGUCCGUGGACAGAGACGUGUACUUUGAGGACGUGCGUCUGCAGAUGGAGGCCAAGCUCUGGGGAGAGGAGUAUAAUCGGCACAAGCCCCCCAAACAGGUGGACAUCAUGCAGAUGUGCGUCAUAGAGCUGAAGGAGAGACCGGGCCAGCCUCUCUUCCACCUGGAGCACUAUAUUGAGGGCAAGUACAUCAAGUACAACUCCAACUCGGGCUUCGUCCGCGAUGACAACGUGCGCCUGACGCCGCAGGCCUUCAGCCACUUCACGUUUGAGCGGUCCGGCCACCAGCUGAUUGUGGUGGACAUCCAGGGUGUGGGUGACCUCUACACCGACCCGCAGAUCCACACCGAGAGGGGCACUGACUUUGGAGAUGGCAACCUAGGUGUCCGUGGGAUGGCUCUCUUCUUCCACUCUCACACCUGCAACCGGAUUUGCAAGAGCAUGGGCCUCGCUCCAUUCGACCUCUCUCCAAGGGAGAGAGAUGCCGUGAACCAGAACACCAAGCUGCUGGUGGGUACCCAGUGGGAGCCUGCUGGGAUGGGCGGGGCCUUUCUGCUGCCAGGACCAGCAAGCUGUGCUGCCUCUGCGACAGUGGCCCGGGCUCUGCGAUGCUUCAUUGAAGAGUAUCAGGGCCAGAAGAAUCUUGGUCCCAUCUGUGUCCCUCGCCUCCCUCCCCAAACCAGUGCACAGCUCUCCUACUGGCCUGUGUUCAGUGACCUUGAUAAUGCGGCUCCCCGAGACCACGACCAUCUGGACAACCACCGGGACUCUGAGAACAGUGGGGACAGCGGAUACCCCAGUGAGAAGCGGGGUGAGCUGGAUGACCCAGAGCCCCGAGAACAUGGCCACUCAAACGGUAACCGGAGGUACGAGUCGGAUGAAGACAGCCUGGGCAGCUGCGGACGGGUUUGUGUGGAGAAAUGGAAUCUCGUCAACUCCUCCCGCCUCCACCUGCCCAGGCCUUCAGCCGUGGCCUUGGAGGUGCAGAGGCUCAACGCUCUGGACCUUGAGAAGAAGAUCGGGAAGUCCAUUCUGGGGAAGGUCCACCUGGCCAUGGUGCGCUACCACGAGGGCGGGCGCUUCUGCGACAAGGACGAGGAGUGGGACCGGGAGUCAGCGGUCUUCCACCUGGAGCACGCGGCCGACCUGGGUGAGCUGGAGGCCAUCGUGGGCCUGGGGCUCAUGUACUCACAGCUGCCCCACCACAUCCUGUCCGACGUCUCUCUGGAGGAGACGGAAGAGAAUAAAACCAAAGGAUUUGAUUACUUACUAAAAGCAGCUGAAGCUGGGGACAGACAGUCCAUGAUCCUGGUGGCACGAGCUUUUGACACCGGCCAGAACCUCAGUCCAGAGAGGUCCCGAAACUGGCCAGAGGCUCUGCACUGGUACAACACUGCCCUGGAGAUGACAGACUGUGAUGAGGGCGGUGAGUAUGAUGGGAUGCAAGACGAGCCCCGGUACACGCUGCUGGCCAGGGAGGCCGAGAUGCUGUUCACAGGCGGCUUCGGGCUGGAGAAGGACCCGCAGAGAUCAGGCGACUUGUACACCCAGGCAGCCGAGGCAGCGAUGGAAGCCAUGAAGGGCCGGCUGGCCAACCAGUACUACGAGAAGGCAGAAGAGGCCUGGGCCCAGAUGGAGGAAUAACUUGCGGGGAAAAUCACUGCCAGCCAGUCAAAAGCAAAAGGGCUAGGAGGGGGAGAAAAAAAAAGAAAAAGACUUCUUUACUUAUUUACAGUUUGGAAGGGGGGAGGAGUAGGGAGGGUAGGAGGGAGCAGAUGUUUUUAGUGUGUUGUAAAUCAACUUUUGUAUUUUAUUUUUUGACUUUUGAAAAUGUCUUUGCUACUAUCAGAGACACUGCAGCUGUCCACUAGGGCAGCAUUUUGGGGGAGUGGGGAUUGAAAAAAUAGCCUAAUGUACCAGCAUAUCUUUUUGAGAUUCUUCUGUUGGUUUUUUGGUGUGUGUGUGUGUGUGUGUGUUUUUGUUGUUGUGGGUUUUGUUUUUUGUUUUUUCCCAGUCAUGAGAUGUAAGAAAAUACAUCUUUUCUGCCCUGGAUGAAAAAUACUAAGGUUUUGCUUACCAGCCUUCUUAGGCUGGGCUGAAAUCUCAGGUCCAGAGAGCCUGUGUUUCCUGAGUCGGAUGGGGAACAGUAGAGCUGCACGUUACCUUUCCAUGGGGUGCGUAUUGUCCUGACUUAGUGCAGAGCCUUACUCAGAGCAUUCGGAAGUGUGUGUGGCAUUGUUCGGUGGAUGUGAGAUUAUAUAAUACCCAGGCUCCCUUCUGCCAUGGGGGAGAGCCCGCACACUGACUGUUCACUGAUUUUUUUAGUUUAAUUUCCCUCCCGAAAUGCAACUGACUUGUGGAAUAAGCCAAAUUCCGUUCUUAAGCAUGGUUUCCUCAGUGGGCUUUACGAAACAGGUUUGAUUGUUUCAUGCACACUUUUACUACCUCUAAGUCCUCCAUCAGCUAGUGCGGCAGUGGGUGCACCUCAAAGAUUUUACGUGUAAGGGCAGUGGCUUGGAAAGUUGGAGCCUUUCCUCCAAGCGGGCAUGCAUUCUGCAUCUCAGAGGCAGCAUCCACAGUGUGACUGAAGUACCCCCUGUACAAUGUUCCUCCAUAUUUUCUUAGCAUCUGAUGUUCUGACGCAGAAUCCGCUCCCUGGCCCCCAUCCUUGGCAUUUUCUGCUUGAAGCUCAGCUGAUUUUCUUGUAAUCUGCAGCAGGAUGCUUUCAGCAGCAGCCCCUUGAGAUUUGUCUAAGCCAUUUGAGAACGAGAGGGCAAGAACUAUAAACACUCAUUAACUCUUCCAGUGGUUUCCCCAGGGCCAAGCUAUGGCCAUCUGUGUUCAAUGAGCAUUCCCUUUAAAAGGAAUUCAGAUUUAUUGUCAGUUACGAUUUCAGUUGGUGUUUCCAAUAGCAAAGAAAACAGACUGCUUUGAUCAACCCCAGUGCUCAAGCAGCCUUUCUUUCUUAGUCUAAAAAUCAAAACAUAAAAAUAAAUAAAUAAAAAUCGGAACAUAAAAAAAGCAUAAUGUAACAUACAAAUUGUUCUUAUCUGUUAAUUAAAACAGGUCCUUCAGCACCUUAGUGUUAAGUGCUGUGGAGUCAUGAUCCUGUGUACUCAUUAGGUUCCAAAGUUCAGAGUGUGCCCUAAAGGAAGAAUCAAGCAGAAUCAAAAUCACCCUUGAAAAAUCCUUUAGAGCACCUGUAAACGACAGUGUCCUUGUUUGUUUUUGGACUCAUCACAACCAGUUUCCUUAGAAGUGGGAACUGAUCGCCCUUUUUCCAUUUGCUCCAGAUCAAGUAAUUGGCUUGCCUUAAGUUUUUUGUGUGUUUUAAACCAGUGCAUAUAGUUAGUUUGCAUUUGUUAAAUGUCAGUUAGAAGCAACUUUAUUGUGACUUAUCUCUUCAAAGGUAUCAAGCCUCAUAGAAUUCAUGCUUUUAUUGUAGCUGUUGUCAACGCAGUCUGCCUUCUCUCUCUCUGAGAUUUUAUUAUGCAAAUAAUUUAUGUUCCCUGACCACCUGUCUCGUUUCUUAGUUAUACGCCAAUGCUUUCCUCUAAUACAGAGAUCAGCAACUCUUUUGUAAGUCCUGUAGGCUCUGCAGGCCACAUGAUCUCUGUUGCAGCUACUCAGCCUCGCUGUUAUAGUGCAGAAACACUCAUGAACAAUACCUAAACGAAUGAGUGCAGCUGGUGUUCCAAUAAAACUUUAUUGACAAAAACAGCCUGCCUUGGGGUAUAGUUAGCUGACCGCUGCUUUAAUCCUAAGAGCUACUGUACUAAACCCUGAGGGCAAGAGUAUCUCAAUUUUUUUGGUCUUCAGUGCUUAAAAACAAUGCCUUGGCACAGAGUAGGCACUCAAAUUCAUAAACAGUGAGAACCAGCACUCUUUGUGACUCUAGUUCCUCCAUCCAAUUAAUGAUUCAUUGUGUAUCGAGCAGUCACCACUCACCCACAUGGCCUCAGUGUCAGCAGGCAGUCCCCGUCUCCUGCAGGAGGCUGGGAUGGCCUGGAUAGCUAAGCAAAUGCUUCUGUAAGGACCACAGAGCAAAAUGAUCUAUAAGAUACUGAGAUUCUUCUGAGUCAGCAGAACCUCAAAAGCUAGUUCUGGGCCUUCUAAACCUGGUUAGGGCAUCUUUUUCCUCCACAAAUGCUGGGUGUGUUACAAAGAAAACCAAAAAGCAACAAACAAACAAAAACCCCCAGGAUGUUCCAGUCCAACUGGGAAGACAUCAGAGACAAUCUUCAAAUGCAAGAAGCAGAUGAGGGUCCAGGAGAUUAGCAGAGUUGAAGAUAUAAUUGGUACCUUCAGUCACAGAUGGGGAAUCCAAGGUUCUGAAAGGGAGACUCUUUCCAAGUACCCUGCUGGUUAGAGGCAAAGCUGGAGCUAGGAUUUGAGAGUUGCUCUUACUUAGAGGAUCCUAGGAAUAAAAUUUAAAGUUAACUGGAGUGUAAUAUCUCUCAAUUUUGUUAUAGAUUUUUUUUUAAAGCAGGCUUUAUGGAUGUAAAUAGGAAAAAAAAAAUUCCUAACCCCGGUGUGCCUGAACAUCCUCGGCCCCUCUUCCUCACCUGAGGCUCUGUGGGAAUUUAUCAUCAGAUGCAACCCUGAUGAACCAAACCAGGUAGUCUAUGGUUGUUGCUAUUUUCGUGGCUUCUGACUUCCUUUCCUUUCGUCCCAGCACAUUUGUCUUCAGUACUAGCCAUGUUUUACAAAUCAACAAAUGUUUACACAAGUAUAUGCAGCUUGUAUGGGGGGGGAAGGUGACAAAAUAUGCAUAUUCUCUAGAUUUGUGCCUGUUACUUAUCUAGUCUCUGAGGUAACCAUUUAACCUAGAGGUGGACACUGGGUGGGACCCAGAGAAUGGCUUGCUUUAUAGAUUUAUUUUUGCAUAUGUAUUAAGUUCCAUUUUGCCUUUCCAAAUAAGGUGGGGUUUUUUUUUCUU